UCUAUACGUGCUGAGCCCCACUGAGUAGCCUACUAAGCAGUGUAUGGUACUCAGCCGCCACUAUUACCAUAAACCUGUAAUCGGCUGUAAUCCGAUGAGAAAUAAUGGACCCGACAAUCAAACUGGCUAUAGUGCAUGUGCUGGAGGAUCUGAGUGAGAUAAAUUUUCAGAAGUUUUGUCACCAGCUGAGAGACCGCAGAGAAGAGCCGCGGGUUAGACUUAGAGCCGUGGAGGGUAAAACUGUAUGCCAGAUCGCAGACCUCCUGGUUUCAACCUUCACCAAGAUUAAAGCCCCUGAAGUGGCUGUGGAGAUAUUGAAGCAGAUUAACUGCCACGAGGAGGCAGAGACACUGUAUUCAAAAACCAAAGCCUGUGUGGAUAGAGGUGACCCUAUCUUCCCCAAGACCUCGACUGGAGAGUUGGAAACAAAUCCCUCAGAGGAGGCUCGGAAACAAGCAGCCGGCCAGCGGAUCUUACGAGCUACUCGAAGUGGUGUGAAGAAGCCAGAAGAAGUGAAGGCUGAAGCGAAGGCCCGCGUCAUAUCUGAGGGAGGGGACCCUUCCAAUGAUUGGCUCAUAUUGAGCAGGUUUAUGAUUCAGUUUGGCCAGUACAAAGGUCAAACCUUCAAAUGGCUGUUGGAGAAUGAUGUGGGGUACACUGCUUACAUAGUGGCUGGCCACCAAAAGCAGCGAGAGCCCACUAUGUAUCAGAGCCCACUGAUGGCUAACCAGGAUUCCUUGACUCAGUACGCGUCUGCUUACUGUGAGCUUAAAAAAGAGGUCAGAUUUCAUCGUGGGUACAACAGAUCUCUCCAGUCAGGCCAAGAAGGAAAGGCCCUGGUUGGCUUUGGUCUUCACCGACUGGACACGCUGCAGGAUCUGUACGAAUCGAAGGACCCAAACAAAAUUAGCUAUGUCAGUUUCCUCCGGACCAAGAAGUCAACCUGCGAUCCAGGGUCCAAAAUGGAGGACGCCAUCAGGUACAUUUUGAAGCGUGACCAAAGGCGGGGUGCAGCUGCCACCAGGAGGCCAACCCCCAGCUUUGCCCCUAGAGCAGCCAGAAAACACACUAGAGACCAGCCUACCACUGCCUCAAGACCCAUAGUGAGGAAGCAGAAAAGGAGCUUGACAGGGAAAUCAUUCCGCCCUCGAUAAAGACAAAAACCUUCUUUCUCUUUGGAAUACAGUGGCCUGUCCUCCUGUGGCACCCAUGGAAAAAUAAUGAAGGUGCUAAAAGUUUGUACACAUUUUCCCAAUUAUCAAUAAAAAACAUGGAUUAA